UGUCUCAUCAAAGAACCAACUUCUUAUUAUCGGCAGCUUGUAUAACUUUUACUGACCAAAGAAAACUAGGAGCAUUCUUCCUUUUGAGAUGAAGAUGGCUGAGAAACAGAUUAGUUUGCCUGCUAAACUCAUCAAUGGAGGAGCCGCUGGGAUCAUUGGUGUUACUUGUAUAUUUCCAAUUGAUUUGGUUAAAACUAGGCUACAGAAUCAAAGAAGUGGACAGCAAGUCUACAAAAGCAUGUUGGAUUGUCUAAUGAAAACUUUACGUUCGGAAGGCUGUUUUGGCAUGUAUAGAGGUGCAGCAGUGAAUCUGACCCUUGUAACACCUGAGAAGGCUAUCAAACUGGCUGCUAAUGACUAUUUUAGGCACCUUCUUGCCAAGGAAGGGGUAGCUCUGUCUUUAUCGAAAGAGAUGCUAGCAGGCUGUGGUGCUGGAGUUUGUCAGGUUGUAAUCACCACUCCUAUGGAGAUGUUAAAAAUCCAGCUGCAGGAUGCAGGGAGACUAGCAUCUCAGCAAAUUGUGAGCCGAGUUUCUUGUUCCACCUCUGGAUGCAAUCUUGUAACUGUCAGCCCUGUUAUAACUAGAGCAUACAAUGUAGGACCUGUUGUUAUCCCAAGGAGGAUAUCUGCCACCCAAAUAGCAACUGAGCUUCUCCAUACUCAUGGCAUCAAAGGACUCUACAAGGGUCUUGGAGCCACUUUAUUGAGGGAUGUCCCAUUCUCUGUCAUCUAUUUCCCACUGUUUGCCCAUCUGAAUAGAGCAGGACAAGAUUCCUUGGAGGAGAGAACAAGCUUCUUUCAUUCUUUUCUUGCUGGGUGCAUGGCUGGCUCAGUGGCAGCUGUAUCUGUGAACCCCUGUGAUGUAAUAAAGACUCGUCUUCAGUCAAUGGGCAAAGGAAGAAACGAGGAGAACUACAGCGGAAUUAUAGAUUGUGCAAGGAAGAUUUGGACAAAGGAAGGUCCCUCAGCCUUUCUAAAGGGAGCUAGCUGCAGAGCUCUUGUCAUUGCACCUCUGUUUGGUAUAGCCCAAGGGAUUUAUUUCAUUGGAGUUGGAGAACUUCUUAUAAAUCUAUGUCAGAAUGGAAGACUGUCCCCCUAGACUUUCAUUCAUUGGACCUACUGGAAUAUACCCACAAGAACCACCAGUCAAGAAACAAUAGCAACUCAGGUCUAUUGACAGCUAUUUCUUCUGUUGGGAAACAUGAAAAAAGACAAGGCCACUACAAAAGACAUCAGUCAUAGAACUGUGUAAAAUAGGGACAUACCUGGGUUCAGGAAACAAGAAUUCUAAGAGUAGAAUAACUACUUUGGAUAGGCAGAGGACUGAAAGAGUAUAUAGGGAAAUGUUUUGAAUGUAUGAGUAGAGUAGGAAAAGAGAGAAGUGUCUGUGGGGCCAAAUCUUUUUUGAACUGUUGAAAAAUGAACUAGGCAGUUAGUUUUUGGGGUUCCAUAGAUGCUGUUAAUCUACCCCAUUUGCAAUCUUUAUAGCUGCUGUCUGUCUGCUAGUGACUCACCAAAGAUUAAUUGGGAAUAAAGUGUAUGGAUUUUUAUAGAUUUGUGUUUCUAACUUUACCUACAGUAAAGAAUUUGGUUCCUGUGGUAACUGUUAAAUACAGAAUAACUUAAAACAACCCAAAUAUUACCGGCAAAGUAGGCUAGUUAGUUCCUUAAAUUUAUUAUUAAACAGUUGUCAGCCAUUAGUAAUAAAUGCAAAAUGUGCUCUUUGGAACCAAGUGUAAUUUAAGACUUCCGGGGAAGAAAUGGUGAACUGAAGAUGGCUCCACUGAGAGCAGAGCCAAUGACCACAGCAGAAUGAAGAGCCAGUGAAUGGACUGGACCAGCUCUUUGCGAUCCCUCUUCAGACAAAGAGAGGACUUGGGAUCGCCCACAAGUACUCCAGACAGUUGCUCCUUGUGAGGAGACCACAAGGCAGCAGUCUCCAGUCUUCCCUGGGAGACGAGGGAACGCCAUCUUAGCCCAAACCAUGGUCGGCACCUUUAUGGACACAGGGUUUGCCUACUUCCUUUUCUAAUCGCUUUCAGAAAUUGCUUGUUAGCUGCUUUUCAGCUAUUACGAACCUUUGAAACGACUAGUUUUAUAGCACUGGGUGCGUUUCCUUCAAUCUUUAGCGAAAUAAGUUUUAAAUACAAGUUUAAGGACUUUUAAAAAAUCCCUUUUUUGGAGUAAACAGCAAAAGGAUUAUUAGAAUUUUGAUUUUUGGAAAGUUAUAAAUGGGCUAAGGAUCCAGAUGGAUUUGAAAUAAGAUUUUGAAAUUAUAAGAAUCCUUCCCAUGGGAAAAUGCUGCUGUUUUGAAUUAUUUAAAAAAGGGAUAGGAUCGGACUUUGAAGGUUGGACAUUAGAGGGAACCAAAAGGAACUAAAGAUUACAGUUAAAGGAGAGAACACUUAAAUUUGACUUACUAAUAUAGAAUGGAGCAAAAUACUUUAACAUUGGUCAUAUUAAAGGAUAUUUGUGGACCCAGAAGUUAAUUUUAAAGAGUGUCUGCCAGUAUAGAUUGUGUUUAAAAGGUAUUAUGGAAGAGGAACAAGUUUUACCAGAUGAGGCUGAGACUGAUGUAGCCUGUCAUUUUAAAAUCUAUUUUCACAAGAAUGACAUGGAAGAACAUGCUAUGCUAGAUUUACUGUACAAAUGAAACCAGCUGAUGUCUUAAUAAUUAAAAGGGAUAUACAAAUAACA